AACACGAUCAUGCGCUUGUACUAAGGCGUUUAUUCAGGAUAAAGUAUUACAGCAUGCUUGUCUGUUUAAGACAUCUACAAAAAUAUGACUAGUGUUUUGGCAACUUAAGGGUAUUUCCUCUCUUCAAAGUUAAUUUUCAAAGUGCCAUUUCACAGAGAAUAAUAAUAACCCACUUUUGAAUAUUGGGUCUUUACUGUAUAUUUUGAGUGGGAUUUGCUUCUGGAGUUUUGAAAGCAGUGGAAAUGGUUUUUGCUCGGCUUCUGGUGUAUCGCCGUCGCUGUUGUUCACGUCCUGUGCUACUUUUAGGGGUAGCAAUCUGUCUUUUCUAUCAAACCCUAAUGAUAGCAAGGGCACGGUUUAAAUCGACUAUGGCAAACAGUAAGGGAUCAGCGGAGACACCAGAGGGCCAAUUGAACGAAAUACUCCCAAGGAACCAACAGAGUUUAUUUGUUUUGUUGGGUGCUUUAAAGAACGUAACAAACGCUGAAUAUUUUCACAGUACUCAGGCUGGAGUCCUGAGGAAAGCAGUUCUGUUACCUGGGCAGCACUCAACAAGUGAAACAGAGAUCCAGCUCUAUCGACGUGUCUUUGCACAGCAUGGGUAUUUGGUCAGUGUAUCGAGAUUUGCUGAGAAGAGCCACAACUUCAAACAAGAAACCAAUGAGCAAAAGCUGCAGAUUCCAGUUGCUUCCUCUGCUUGCGGUAAUCACAAUGUUCACCCAGCAGAUACCAGCAGGGCUGCCAAGGCUGGGAGGUUCCAGACAAAUGCUCCUCUGAGACCUAUAAUGGGACACAGUGUUUCUGCCAUCAUCAAAGUGUAUGUGCUUGUUACAUCCGUAACACCUCUGACAGCAUUCCUUCAUUCAACUGGACUGGUUAAGAGUGGCCUUGUUAAAAACAGCUAUGCAACAAAGCUGCAUACGUUUUUUGAGAAAUACCGUGGAACAGAAGCCUCACUGCAGGCUUUGGAAAACGUGAAGGAGACCUUAGGCAAGCUGUUAAUGGCAGCAGAUAUAUCGAGUGAAACGUCAACCACGGGACCAAAGAUGUUGAAGAGAUGUAGAUUAUGUUUUCAGCUGCUGACCUUCACCCUUGGGUUUAAUUCUUCCUUAGUCCCCACAUUUCUUAAGGUACAUGAUGAAUUGGACUUUGAAGACAUAGAAGACCCAGGUUGUGAUGGUCAAAUCACAAAAGAAUGUAUCCUUGAAGAUACAUUAAACUUUGUAUUACCCAGCUACAGUGAAAUCGGCAGACUACACCAAGCCUUCCUAAAGAGGAACACAGAAUUAGGUGCAAAGGAUGAAGGAUGCAUCCAAAUUCAAGGGCUGUGUUUUACUUCUGAGGACUUUGAGUUAAUUAUUCAGUUUCUAAGGAAACUGAAAAGCCCAGGAGCUUUUGAAUUGCUUUAUCCGUCAGCUUCUCCCAAACUCCAAGUACUGCUGAAGGAUAUUUCCAAGAGAUUUCACCAAAAAGGAGAAACUUCUGUCGUUCAAACAAAUGUCUUCCUCACAGAGUUACUACAAACACUCUACCCAUUCAGCUUGCCAAGCAGUAUUGUAAACUCUUCAUGGACCACAGACCCUGAUAAUCUCAGAGGAGUGCCAUUUGGUGUUUUUGAAAAGACCAAACAACAGCUUGAGAAGUGUAAGCUCCCCCAUAUCAGACAGAUCUACACCGACCCCCCACUGGAGCUAACACCACAGUUUAGUCCCAAGAUUAAAGAUUACUACUGCGAAGUGCCUUUCGAUGUGGUGACAGUGAAGAUAAGAGCAGAGCCUGUUGACUGUCGCUGCCAGCUGCAUCUGGAUGAUAGAAAGGGACCCAGAAUGGCUAAUUACCCAGUUGGCCUUGGCAACAGCAGAAUCAAUAUCUUGGUGGUGGACAAAUCUCGGCCAGAGCCUGUUGUCAUGACAAUCUAUACCCUCAACAUUUACAGAGAAAACAGGCCCAGUCUGCCUAUAUUUGAUGAAUAUAUGAUGUGCGGAUUUCUACAGGACUGCGGUUUGGUAAUUCAGCCUGAGGAGCCCUGUGGCUUGGAGUCUCUCCCCAGCAGCUACCUUUCUCUGGGUUCCCAGGGUCAGGUACAGGCCUGCAACUCUGGAGAUGCCAAAGGCCGUUGGAUUGUUCCAUGUCUGAGCUGCGCUGAUAACAGAACCUGUGACUGGAGAGAGGUAUCUUUGCAACCAGAAAACUGUUACCAUCCGGUGUUAAACAGAUCUCAGCUCCAAACAUGCAUGGCAGGAAAAAAGAUUAUUUUUAUCGGUGAUUCAACAAACAGAGGGAUGAUGUAUUACCUCAUGGAACGUGUGAAUGAGACUCUUGAGGAAUGGAACAAGGCUCAUGACACUAAACUCUAUCACAAUGUCAACGGUGAAAACACUCCACUCAGCUAUUCCUAUUACCCUCAGUUCUGGCUCAGCAAAGACCAAAGACCAACAUUUGAAAAGGCUUUAGAGCAGCUUUUACAAAGAUCCCGACCUCUGGAAAACACAGACCAGACCGUACUCGUUAUAGGAGGUGUUCAGUGGCUUAAUACCAAUCACCUGCCAAUUAUACACAAGGUCCUGAAAAGAGAGAAUCUUUCAAGCAUUCUUGUUGUGAUGAUGUCAUUACGAAUGGGGUUUCAUCUCCCAGCAGACGGGAUCCGAUCUCUUUCUCUGAAUGGUGUUAAGGAUCUUUAUAGUGAAAAUACCCAAAUCCUCAUUGCUGCAAAGAAGUAUGGCUAUGAAGUCAUUGAUACCUUCAGUAUUACAAUGGGCCGCUACAAGGAGUUCCUUCAGGGAAGAUGCGCCUGCCACUUUCACGAGGUAGGGAAGCUUACAUUUUCUGAAGAGACUAUUCACAGAAAAAUGAAGCUCUCCAGACACUCUGGGAAAGGUUUCAGCAGUAACAGCAAGCUACCAGGACUGAAAGACUGCUUGUCCAUUUCUAACUCGCUUUAUCAUGUCAAAGGUCCAAUAAAUCAAGUUUACUCCGAAAUCCUUCUCAGCAGGGUCUGCAUGAAUAAAAGGAGACGUACCAGCACAUAACCACAGUAAGAUAAUAUCUCUCUCUGACUGUCUGCUUCCCUCAAGAUCAGUCCAAGAACCACAUUGACUCUGAUCCAUUCGACUAUGAUUGGCUGCAAGCAGCACAACCAAAGAUAUGCGACACAUUUUUUGGCUUUAUGAGAUCAAGAUGUGCCCCUGUGGAUCUAUGGUUUCAGAAUGGCAGAUGGAGAGAGACAGAAAAUCAAUGUGACUUGAUGUCUUGCCAAAACUGAAUAAAACAGCUGUAGACAAAGCAAAAUAUUUCACACAAAGCGAUGUAGACAGUGAUAGAUUUGAUGACCCAUAUCAAGCUGCUAUGAGAACCUUUAGAUGGUUAUAAAAAAGUUGUUUUUUUCUGUUUAAGGAAUGAUUUGAUAUGUCCUGUAAAGUAGUUAUGGGUUUUUAUGACUUAAGGACGGUUACAUCUUUCACUAAUCCGAGUGAUGACCUUCUGCUAAACUAAUCUAUUGAUGGUUUAAAAGGUGCAGCAAAUCAGAUAACCUUUCUGCUAAAGUUUCUAUACUGUACCUCAUUGAGUUCAUACAUUUUCCUUCUAAUUUCAAGCCAAAGUCUUAUGCCAAAAGCCUAAUGUAUUUUUAAAUGUGCAAAAAUAGUGUUAUAUUUUUUUAUACAGAUUUUUUCAAAGCACAUAUUUUUGGGCCAUUGAAGUAUAUAUUUUGUAUGUUGUUAAAAUUAAAUUUUUGGUAAUAUGAUAAAUGCAUUUAAUGCCAAGGUUUAAUGCCAUUCUGUAAACUUCAAGGAUUUGCCCUGUUUUUAUAUUUGUGACAUGGAGAGAGCAAUUGUUGAAUUUAGAAUUUAACUCAUUCUAUUUUUUUUUUUUAUUUCAAGUGUUUAUGAUACAUUGUAACUAGAAUUAAGAUUCAUAUCUGAAGCAAUAAUAUGUAUCACAUUCUUGCAUUGAAACAAACUUAAAGCCUUUAAAUUGAAGUUUGACCCUUUUGCUCUUGUUCAGUAUUGUAUUUUUAUAUUGCUACACAUCUUUGAGAAAAUGAAUGUGCUGUAUGAAAUACAUUUUGAGUAUUCUCUAGGAUCUGCACUCAAAAGUAAUUGUUUUGAAAUAAAGUACUUUAUAAGUAGUCAAAGUUUUA